UAUGGCAAGGGAGAUGUUUAUAUCGCUUACAAUUAAACAUUGAGAGAUGUCUGAGCAACAAAAAACUGUCAAAUGGCGCACUUCGGCAAGUCUCAUUAUCGUAGCAAAAAACGUUGAUAAAUCAACCACAAAAAGUACCUACGAUUACAAUUUGCUUAUGCUAAAGCGCAGCGCCCAAACGGCAAUUGUGCAAAAUCAAGCAGUCUUUCCCGGCGGCUUGCUGGAUACUACCGCCGAUGAAAACGUUUCCUGGUUGCAGUAUUUCGAAGAAUUUGGUGUGCCGCAGGAUGCACUGCGUCAACUAGUGCUGAUUUCAGAUCACAGGCCUAGCAUUUUGGCCCCGCAGGGCACAGGUUGCUAUGAUCGCUUUUUUAAACGUUCACACAUAUGGGCGCGUGAGAUUACGCUCCGGUUGACUGCAUUGCGUGAAUGUUUUGAGGAGGUGGGCGUUUUGUUGUGCCGCACGCGCGCACAAUUGGCGCAGGUAGAAGCAACUGGCAGUAUAUUUAAGGAAGAUUUCUGGGAUCGUGAGAUCUGGCAGCAGCGCGUUCAUAAUAAACCUAGCGAUUUUCUGAAGCUGUGCCGGAAACUACAAGUUGUGCCGGAUCUCUGGGCCUUGCAUGAAUGGUCCGCUUGGGCAAGUCCAGCGAUCGUGAGGAAAGGCUACGAAACAGUUUUCUUCAUCGCUUUUGUGGAAAAGCAACCCAAUCUGCUGGCCGAGGAGUCGGAAGUCAAAGAGUGUUUGUGGCGAACGCCAACGGAGCUGCUGAGUUUGGCUCGACUUGGUGAGCUUUGGUUCUUGCCCCCACAAAUUUACGAACUAUCCCGCCUGCUAGCAAUCAGAAGUUAUUAUGAUUUAUUAAAGUUUGCCCGGCAUCGAAGCAAAUUGGGCACAACAUUGUUUAUGCCUAUUAGUUAUAUGUGUAGUGACAAUUUAGUAAAUGUGUUGCCAGGAGACGAUUUCUAUUUGGCAGAGCCGCACUUAGUUACAAAUGUGAUUAGCUUUGAAGGCACAGUUGACGAAUUUCACAAACGUGCCAAAAAAUUACACCGAUUGGAGAACUUUGGCACACCAGCAGUUCAGUUUCAUUUAAACUUUCCACCGCCCAAUGGACAUUUGCCACCGCUAACUUUAUCAACCGUGUUAAAUAAAUUAUAAUGAAAUGGCUUUAUCU